GAAAUUUCUCUCUGGUGGGACAAAGAUGUCUUCGUCAGUUCGCCUAUUUGGCGCUAGAGGGAAAACGCAUUCCAACUGCCAUUUAAAAACUGUCGAAAUCAAGCUGUGACGUGUGGCAAGGGCCGUUCGCCCCAGUGUUUACGUGUUUGUGUUUCGUAACCUAAAAUGCACCCCAGUCGGCGGCGAAAAAAGCGCCCCAAUUACGGCAUUCGGACCGUAGAAGUGCUGCGGGGCUCUAACGGCUUUGGCUUCACCAUCUCGGGCCAGCAACCCUGCAUUUUGUCGUGUAUUGUGGCGAAUUCUCCAGCGGAUCAUGCGGGACUCCGGGCUGGCGACUUCCUCAUAUCUGUCAACGGGAUUUCUGUAUCGAAAAUUACACACGAUGCCGUGGUUAACCUCAUCGGGAACUGUGUGGGGCCCAUUAGGAUGACCAUAGCGGAGAAUUAUUACUCAGAUAGUAGUGAAGAGGAGUUGGACGUGAGUCGGAUGAUGGGGGCCCGCAAACCCAAAUAUAUGCACAAGCCGAGGACACACAGGUGCUAUAAGCAGUCCCCGAGUGAGAACACGAAAAAACACAACGAAAAUAUCAAAUACAAUGAUGAAAAUUCGGGAAAUUUGCUCAAUAUUUCGAACCAAAUGUCAGUGGAAGACGAGGCGGGGCCCGUCGAAUAUAAAGCUCUGGUAGGCUAUUUGGGGACAAUUGAAAUGCCCAAACAACUGUUGCCAAAUUCGAGACUGCAAACAGUUUGUAGUUGCAUAAGAAAAUUGAGGCAGGAAAAACGGGCCCCCACAGCUGUCUUAAUGACAAUAUUCCCGACUUGUCUAACACUAAAAAAUUCUUCAAACCAUAUUCUUGCCAUAUACCCCACAAAUCGGGUAGUUUACAUCGGAAGCACCGCUGAUAGGGAAUCUCGUUACUUUGGGUUGGUAACAAGUGCCGUUUCCGACAUGAGAAGUACCGAAAAUCUCAGACACUUUCAAUGGCUCGAUGACAAAAAAUUCAACAACACGGAACCGGAAAUUGAAAUCUCGAAUAGUUGUCACGUUUUUAUGAUUGAUCCAAAAAUCGUGGACCACAGCGUCCAUGCCAAAAAAGCCGACACCUUUAAAUUUACUUGCACGGCUGACGUCAUAACAGGAAGCUGCCUUGAAUUUCCUCGAAACGCCCUGUACAUAGUAAAUCUCGUGCAAACAAUGUAUAAAUUACAAAAUAACGAAAGCCCUAAAAAUGACGAGGCUAGUUUGGGCCCCCUGGUGGCAAACUCUCCUCAACCCAGUGCUUCGAGCAACUCCGAUUCCGGGAUCGGAUUCCGAGAUGAUUGUGGGAAUAUCAGCGACCGGAUCCUGGUAGUGGAAUUUCCGACUCAUAGGCCGUUUCCUGUUGUCAGUGCUACCAACAAUCGGCCUUCUGGAAUAGACGCCUCGAGUAUCCCUCUUGAGUCAUUAGACCUACCCCUAAAUAACGAAAUUUCUAAUAAGAUUCAGGAUAUCAAGUCGAAGCAACUGAAUAACUUGAAUAACAUCCGAGCGUGUGGGUCUGUCAAUAUUAAGAACGUAUUGGGAAAGAAUGACAAUUACUUUUUGACGAAACAAAACAACGACGGGGAUAUUUACAACCGGUUGACUUGUCGGGCGAUGCUCGAUAGGCCGUUAAGGGUCACAAGGGGGCUAUCACCGACUAGUUCUGAUGACAACACGAAAGUCCCCGAAUCAAAAUCAUCAGAGACACUUUCAGUGUCCGAAGAUGUUGAUUUUCAAAGUUCGGUCGAUAAUAUUUCAACUCAUAGUUCGAAAAGUGACUUAAAGGGGAUUUUUAAAGCACCCAGUAUGUUUCUCUUUGAAAGCAAAAAGUUGAAAAGGCAGAAUAAGAUGGUGAACAGUUGCGAUAAUUUGGAUAAAUUUGAGGAGAACAUUAUGAACUAUAAAUUGAGUCCGAAAGUUUACGGAUUGUCUAAACCCAAUCACAGUUGCGAGGAGUUGAAUAAUUUUGAUACAGUUGAGAAGUAUGGGUAUGGCAGCUUGCAAGAAUUGUGUAGGUGGAAUGAACAGGGGAAAAUGAGGAAUAUUGCGCAGAGUGAACCCGAUGUGAGGAUGCAGAGGAAUGGGAUGGAGUGUGAAAAAAAUGGCCCCAAGGAGUCGGAAGGGCCCGCCGGAUGGGCCUCGUCCUUCGAGAAACUCCUCGAGGAUCCUCUAGGACUCCACACUUUUGCUGAAUUUUUGAAAAAGGAGUUUAGUGCCGAAAAUAUUUAUUUUUGGACUGCGUGUGAACGCUAUCGGCGCUUUCCGGCAGGUCCGGCUCGAGUUGCCGAAGCCCAGAAGAUCUACCAGCAACAUCUGUCUGUGGGGGCCCCCGAAGGGGUCAAUGUGGAUUCACACGGACGCCAUUGUACAGAACAAGCUCUACAAGAAGCCAGCGAGACGCUUUUUGACCAAGCACAAAAGCAAAUUUUCAAUUUGAUGAAGUUCGAUAGCUAUCCACGAUUUUUGAAAUCAAGUCUUUAUAAACAAAGUCUUGCCGGCGAAUUAGAGAAGCCACAAAUUGAUUCAGGGUUGUUGUUACAACCCUUAACUCCUACGAAAUUAAAAAAGUCGUUAAGUAAUGCUGAAGAUAGGAGAAGGAAGUCACUCUUGCCAUGGCAUAGAAAAAACCGGUCAAAAUCAAAAGACCGAGGCGAAUCCGAGUAUUGUCAAAAGAGGAGUGAUAUUGUUACAAGUUGUGAGAGUGUGAAUGGGAAAUUGGGGGGCGGGAGUGACACAUAUAGUAGUAAAUCGUCGUUGACGUCACUGGAUUUGGCGAUUACUUCCACACAGGAUUUGAGUAAAGGAAGUCAAGACGAAACCUCCUCAACCGUAGCCCGAGGCCCCCUUUGUAGAGUAGUUUUGAGUAACGGAAGCACGACAGUAGUACAAAUCAAAACAACCGAAAGUAUUCAACAGUUGGUCACUAGACUAUUAGAUAAACGAGGAAUUGUUUAUUCAGCGUUCGAAGUUUACACAAACAAACACCAAAAGGCACUUGACGUAAGUGAACCGUCGAUGAAACUAGCCGGCUGUGAAGUAACAAUCGAGCAGCGAGUGAUUUUUAAACUAGACCUUCCAAAUAAAAAAGUCAUUUCGGUGAAAUCUAAAUGUACAAAAAUCAUUGCAGAGGUCUUACGUCCCAUUUUGCAAAAAUACAACUAUAAUUUAGAUCACGCAAAAGUCACGAUUGGAGACACUGAAGCCGUGGAUAUUCACUUGUCGGUCACUUCGAUUGAUGAUAAACGACUCCGAAUCACUUAUUGUGAGAAAACCGCACCUACAAAUCCUGUUAUUAAAGUCAACAAUGUGAAAGCGAAGCUCGAUGAGAUAACCAAUCAAGUAUUCGAAGAUAUUCUUCAAGAGAAAGCCGAUUCGGCUUUUCUCAAAGCAAAAUCUGAUAAAGGGUCGGUGAAAAGUGAAGACUGGGGCUCGGAGCACUCAUCUGGGAUUUUCGGAAGGUUUUUGAGACGCGAUUCAGGUCUCCACGACCGAAAGAAGAAAUCCCUAAUGAAGAUAAAACCUCCGGGAAGUAGUGAUGAUGUGACGGGAGAACAAGUCAAAAAGCCUCUAAUAGCAAAAUGGAAAACUGGAGUCAAUAAAUUACAAGUGGCCUGUAGCGAAAGUGAUGAAUUGGUCGAGGGUCUGACAAGGGCGCAAAGGUCGCGAUUGGAGGAUCAACGCGGGACUGAAAUAAAUUUCGAACUUCCUGAUUUUUUGAAAGAUAAGAAUAGCCGGUUUUAUGUCGAAAAUGGUGACCUCAGACGGAAUAAUUAUGAGAACAGGAAUAUAAUUCCUAAGGAUUUUAAUAAUUUGACUAAUAAUAAUAAUAAUAAUUCAUUUACGAAUCAUAAUCAAAAAUUGAAUAAUUUACGGAUUUACUCGCCAAACAAGUUUUCGUCAGAUGAAAGUUCGCCAUCGAAAAGUUUGGAAAAUACUGUUAUUGAAAAUAAGAAAGACAGUCUCAAAUGUGAACCUCCGCCAUUACCCCCGAAACCUAAAAUCGUUCCUAUCAAACCGCCAAAUUGGGGUCAGAAUGGAUACUACAAAAAAGAAUUGGGCGCAAGUGAUAAGAAAAUGUAUCUAGAACAGCCAUCGAGCAGCUUUGUCUAAUUGUAUCAUACUGUAUAAAUAACUGAUAAUUUAUUGGAAAUUUGUAUAUUACAAUUUAAAAUAUAUUUUUUGUAUGUUUUUUAA